AAUUUUGCUUCAAUAAGAAGCAGCGUCUGAAACUGCCUCAGUAAAUAAUUUGUGAAAUAGUUUUUUUUUGUGUGUUUAUUAAAAAAUAUUUUUUCAACAUAUAUUUAAAUAUAAAAAUUAAAAUAAAAAUAAUUUAAAAAUGGAUGAAAGUGCAUUGUCUUCUGAAAAUAUGGAGAAUGAAGAAGAAACGCAGCAUGUAGCAGAAGAAAACCGAGGCAUUGAUUCGAAUUUAUUGGGCGUAAUUAAUGUUGAAGAAUCAGAGACAAUCGUUAUAGACUUAUGUGCAACACCUUCCACCUCAACAUCAACAUCAACACAAAAACCUAUGACUUCACCACAAUCUAGCAGCACAUCAACAGGCGUACAAUCUGGUUCAGUCGAAACAAAUGAAAGUGGUGCCGAAGGGAAUAUAUUGGAAUGUCCCAUAUGUCUACAAUCCUGUAUACACCCAGCACGUCUUCCAUGUGGACAUAUAUUUUGUUUCCUGUGUGUAAAAGGUGUGGCUUAUAAAAAUCGUCGCUGUGCAAUGUGUCGCCGUGAGAUUCCACCAGAGUUCCUUGAUCAUCCACAACUAGUGAAUGGUAUUGAUGAUAUUUGUACUACAAAGAGCACUGAAGAUGGUUACCAAUGGUUCUAUGAAGGUCGCAAUGGUUGGUGGCAGUAUGACGAUCGUACAAGCCAAGAUAUUGAAGAAGCUUACAAGAAAGGUGAAAAAUCCUGUACAGUGAUGGUAGCAGGUUAUGUUUAUAUUGUUGACUUAGUUAACAUGUUGCAACUGCGUCAAAACGAUGCGACACGUUGUAGACGUGUUAAACGUGAUUUGGCAACAAUUCCCAAAAAAGGUGUUGCUGGCCUACGUAUUGAAGGUAACACCGUAACAACAGAUUUCAAUUUUGCAUCACAAGUUAAUCAGGGACGCGAACGAAAUUUAGAUUUAAAUGAAGAUGCUGCACUUGAUUUGGGUCCACCUUUAGGUAUGCGUUUACCGCCAAAUGCUAGUGACUUUAUAUCCACCAUUGCAGCAACUGAUGCAGCUAUACGUAUUGCAAGCGAUAUUAUUGGAUCUACUCUUGCACAUGCUGAUGAAUUUUCACGCGGAGUUGCAGCUAGUUCUUCAAAUAAUGCGGAUAAUUCAAGUGGUGAGAAUAGUAUAAGCUCUAACGGUCUAGUUUCUGCCUCUGUCCCUGUCACAGCAUCAGGUGUAGCACACGGUAGUCGUGAACUGCUUGAUGCAGCUGAAGAUCUUUUGGAUGCUACUCAGAGUGUUAUAUCUGGAGCUGAUCAGGAGACCAUCGAGUUUUUCGAACAAACACUUAACGAUUUCCAUUUUCUGACUUUACGCAACAUCAUUAAUUCUAGUGAUGAAGAUGAGGAUGGGAGUUACGCGCACAGACAUAUACGAUUUUAAAUAUUUCUCUAUUGUUUUUUAAUUAUUUAUGCCAUUUUUAUACAAUAUGUAUGCAGUGUGAAUCAUACAUAUUUUAAUAAAUGUGCAUAGUGAUUGAGAAAUAUAUUACAAUGUUAACAAAUUGUUCAAUAGUAUAAAUUUGACGAUAAUUAAAUCCUCAAAACAAAAAAUGUUCCUCGUAACAAAACACUAAAUUUAUUAAGUUAAAAUAGUAGAAAUAACUAA